AUUUGAAUAAGAAUGUUCGAUUUUUAGCAUUAAUAUAACGCCUAUUUCUGUUUUUCUUCGAAAUAUUUGCUAUUUAACCGUCUCACUCGUACAAUAUUGAAGAUAAAAGUGCAUACUGUCACUAGACAAUAGAAAAUAUCACUUCUAAAAUCUCCAUUUUAAUGUUUUGAAGUUAUUGUGUGCAUGAAUUGCAUUUAUUUUUCAACAAAGAGAUAUAAAUAAACUCCCAAAAUGUUUCAGUUUGGUUUCAACAUGUUUCACGAGAUUUCGAGGCCUUUCAAUAUGACCUACAGAUGUUUCUCAGUGUCUAUGUUGCCGGGAAACGAAAGGCAAGAUGUAGAAAGAGGGGGCAAAAUUAUUAUGCCACCAUCUGCGCUAGAACAACUAACAAGACUUAACAUAGAGUAUCCGAUGAUAUUUAAAUUAACAAAUAAGAAAACAAAAAGAUUAACACACUGCGGUGUCUUGGAGUUUGUUGCUGAUGAAGGAAAAGUUUAUCUACCUCAUUGGAUGAUGGCCAACUUGGUACUUGAAGAGGGAGCUUUAAUUCAAAUAGAGAGUGUAUCUUUGCCGGUUGCCACAUUCUCAAAGUUCCAGCCUUUAUCAGAAGACUUUCUAGAUAUUACCAAUCCUAAAGCAGUUUUAGAGAACUGCUUGCGUAACUUCUCGUGCCUCACUACAGGCGAUGUGAUCGCCAUCAAGUACAAUUCCAAAGUAUAUGAACUGUGCGUUUUGGAGACCAAGCCGGGCAAUGCGGUCAUCAUUAUUGAGUGCGAUAUGAACGUGGAGUUCGCCCCACCAGUGGGUUACAAAGAGGAGGAGCAUAUCCCCCGCGGUGAAAGAAACUCAGGGGCAGAUGGUAUGGAUGAGGAUCCGGCUGAGAUGAUGCCCGAGCCCAGUGGGUUCAUCGCUUUCAGUGGGGAAGGAAAUAGACUCGAUGGAAAGAAGAAGAAGUUGACCAGUGAGAGUGACUCCGAGCCGCAAAGCUCGCAGCCGAGGCAGCCUUACGUUCGAGGUAUUCCGGAUUACGACUACGUGAUAGGUACUCUGCGUUUCAUCAGAAACUCGCGGCCAUCCAGUGCGAAGGAAGAGACCGCAGCCGAACCCUUCCAAGCAUUUAAAGGCGAAGGAUUUACGCUAAGAACAGCAAAGUCCAAGAACUGAAUUAAAUAAAUAUAUUUUUUAUAUCAGCUUUAGAUAAUAGUGUUUGUAAUGUGCUCAUUUUUAAAACUUAAUUAUUGAGUUUCACACACCAAUCAAAAUCGAAGCAGUGAGAUGGACUAAGUGCACCAAAUUAAAUAUUUCUGCUCCGCAUAGCUUCGUUUUGACGAACACUGCGGGGCUGAAAGGAGUUUUUGUUGUAAUAGGUAAUUUAUUUUACCUUUAUUUAAUCGAUCGUCAAUAGGCAUUAGCCACUAAAUUGCUUCGGUUUUGAUCACGAAUGCGUGUGAUUAGCUCCAAUAUUCCUCAAAUUUUCAGUAAGAAUGAUUUCAAUUAAAUUGUUCCUGUUUAACGUAAAAUUAGCGACCGUCUCGUCUAUUAAAAUUUUAGUUCAAUAGUGCUACUUAUUUUUAUUAAAUAUUGAUGUACCUAUUUAAUUUAUAAAGUGGUUAUGUAUUAUAAAAAUGUUAUAAUUUCUCUUUUAAAAUACAAGCUUGUUCACAAUGUUGUUACUUUUUGUUAGUUUGUCCUAAGUCUAAUGACUAACAAAAGUAUACCGCAUUUAUGACAAGAAUUAUUGAAAAUCAAUAAUUCAAUUGGAUAAAUGUUUGAAUAAACUACUCUGAUAGCGUUUUUGAUGCUAGCUACUCAAAAUUUCAAUUAAAUUUGAAUUUUCCAAAGUUUAGGUUAUGCUACAAAUCAAUAUCCUUAUGUAUAGUUAUUGUUUAUACCUUCUUUUUGCAAUAUACUGUAUAUAACAUACUCUCGAAUUACCUAGAUGGCGUACUUGUAUUGCGUGCGCAGUACAACAGCUCUGACUGAAAACUGACUAAAUAAAUUUAAAUUUGGGUAUCAAUUAAAUUGGAGAUUUAAUCCUCAUGUAUUCACAAGUAGCCUAAUAUAAAGUUUCCUUGUGUAUUUCCUGUUUACGAUAUGUACUUUGUGGAUAAUCAUUUUCUAUUAAAGUAAUUAAUAGCAA